CUUUGCUUUGUAAUGUUUAUGUUUUUUUCACAUGUCUGAAAUAAAUCUAAAUCUAAAAAAAAAAACAUGCACAGGAAAGAGAACACGAGAAUGAGGAAAUAUCAAAACAGAACUGACAGACUGUCAUCCGUACGUCGUUUUACCUCAUUUUAAAGGAAACACACAAAAUACAGCAAUUUUGAAGCUAAAAUGAUUAAAAUUCAUUCAUAUAACUUAGAUGUAUAGAACAGAUUGGUGGACACAUUUGUAUUUAUUGUUGCUCAUCAUGACAGGGAUAGUUUGCUGGUGAGUCUCUGGCUCUGCCUGUCUUUGGCAACCCAGCUGACGCACUGCAUGCUGGGAUUUGUAUGUUACUUAUGUGACAUGUCUCCGGGCCAUUAAUACCAACAAUAUAAAAUAAUCUCCAUAAUUAUAAGGAGGGCUGGAUGUGGCCAGUGGGGCUCGACUUUGACACACGUGCUCUAAACAUGAAUCAAAGCUCUUCAUGAAAUAUUGACCCACAUUGACUUAAAAAAAACAAACUUAGUUUUGAUGUUUUUUUUAUUGAUGGAGAACAUUUGAUUGACCUUUUUUUUUAAUAGAUCUUAGAGGUGAAAAUGAAGAAGUCUGAGAUGUUUAGAAUCAGCCUGGAAGCAGAUGACAGGACGAAGGAAGAGCUGCUACGGGACAAACCUGCAAAGAAGGGUGUUGAUUUCCUCCGGGGCCAGGGAACUGCAGAGCCUCCUAUGGACACUGACUAUCAAGAGGAGAGGGAAAAACCUCCAUCUCAACUCCGGUUUAAUUUAGGAUUUUCAAGAAUGGCUCAAGGUUUGGAGCCGAAUCCGACGGAUCCCAGGUUCAAACCGGACAUAUUGUUUGAGGCAGCAGCGAGUGGUGAUGUUCAAAAACUUGAGGGUCUGGAGGAUUUUCUGCGUACGAACAUGAAGAAAUUGUCAGACUCCUUCUAUCAGUCCUACGGCAAAACUCCUCUGAUUAAAGCUCUGAUGCAUCUCAAAGAUGGCAAAAAUGAGACAGUCGACGAAUUCAUCAAAAUUGCAAAAAACCUCGGGGACCUUGAGAAGUUAGUGAAUGCAUCCCACACCAGUAACUACUACAAAGGUCAAACAGCUCUACAUGUGGCCAUAGAGAGAAGGAGUAUGGUCUAUGUGCAGCUGCUGGUCAGCAGUCACGCAGAUGUUCAUGCCAAAGCCUCCGGAAAGUUCUUCCAACCACAUGACGGGCCACACUUCUACUUUGGUGAGCUGCCUCUGUCUCUGGCAGCCUGCACAAACCAGCCUGAAAUGGUGGACUACCUACUGACGAACGAGAUUCAGAGAGCGGACCCUGGGCAGCAGGACUCUCAUGGCAACACAGUGCUCCACGCCCUGGUUGCGGUGGCUGACAACUCAGAGGAGAACUCAAAGUUCAUAAUCAGCAUGUACGACCGUAUCCUCAAGACCACAGCAGAACUGCAUCCGAAAAAGAAGCUGGAGGACAUCUUGAACGACAAAGAGCUAUCACCUCUCCUAAUGGCUGCAAAGACCGGCAAGAUUUGGUUAUUUUCACACAUCUUGAAACGGGAAUUUCAUGAGAGCAACAUCAAACAUUUGUCCCGUAAAUUCACCGAGUGGGUUUACGGACCCGUUCACUGCUCCCUGUAUGACCUGGCCUCAGUGGACUCCUGUGAGAACAACUCUCUUCUGGAGAUACUGAUCUAUGGCAGUGACAUUCCUAAUCGACAUGAGAUGCUCCAGACAGAGCCGCUGAGUCAGCUGCUGCAGGCAAAGUGGAAGAAGUUUGCCGGUGGAAUGUUUUUCUUUAACUUCCUGGUCUACUGUCUGUAUCUGACCGUCUUUACCAUUGUGGCCCUCUAUAUCAGAAGCACUGCAAGAUACAAAGAAUUUAAAAACUAUAUUUUAAAAGACCACAACAACGGCCAAAAUGACCUCAGCGACUACCUGUUCAUUGCAGGUCUAUUGUUCACACUUCUAGCAAACGUAUUUCUCUUUAUAACAGGGAUCACCGACAUGAGAAGAAAACGGCCGAAUCUGAUGACUCUGCUGAUUGAUGGAUACUACGAGAUACUCUUUUUUGUGCAGGGCCUCUUCUACCUGGUCUUCGCUGGGCUGUAUAUAGCCGGACGGGACUUGUACGUCUGCUUUCUGGUGCUGUGCCUCGCUCUCAGCUGGGUGAACAUACUUUACUUCUCCAGGGGUUACGAGCACAUGGGCAUCUACAGCGUCAUGAUACAGAAGAUGAUUGUUAGUGACAUCCUGCGCUUUCUUUUCGUCUACAUAGUUUUUCUCUUUGGAUUUUCAGCAGCGGUGGUGACUCUGCUUAAUGUGCCUCCUGAAUCACCUAAAAACAUAUCAAAGGGAAGGACUUUUUUUACUACUCAGUCUCCCAACGAAGAGUGUGUCAAACCCACCUACAAAAGCUUCUCCUUCACCCUACUGGAGCUCUUCAAGUUCACGAUCGGCAUGGGUGACAUGGAGUUUUCCCAGGCCUUUGAGUACAGGGAGAUUUUCUAUUUCCUCCUCAUUGGCUACAUCAUUCUCACCUACAUCCUGCUGCUCAACAUGCUCAUAGCCCUCAUGAACCGCACCGUGGAGAACAUUACCAAGGAGAGCGCCUGCAUCUGGAAGCUCCAAAGAGCCGUCACUAUCCUGGACAUGGAGAAGAGGCUGCCCUACUGUGUGAGGAAGUGCCUGCGCUGUGGCGUGGAGAAGAAAUUUGUCACUGCUCUUGGAAACGAACAGCGCUGGUGUUUCAGAGUGGAGGAAGUCAACUGGAAAAAUUGGAAUAAGGACAUCAGCAAAAUCGAUGAAGAACCCGGAUGGAGCGACCGCUCCCAGCAGUCCGGCGAUGAAAACAACACGACCUGGAGACUGAGGAGCUUUAGAGGCUUGAUCCGGGCCAGUAGGCGGCGGCAGAGAUCUGAGUCGACAGAGAUGAACACCCUGACUCUCUGAGGCAGCAAAAAGGUUCACCGAGGAUGCUCAGCUUAGCUGACAUGAGCAAUGAGCCAUUCAGACCCAAACGCACCCAUCCAGCUCCAUUCUUCAAGAAACAGAACUGCCAAACGGAUUCUUCCACGUGUCACAUCACGGUUACAUUUCAGUGAUUCUGAGACAAUAGAUGUGUAUUAAAGUGUAAUAAGUGCUGAUUAUGUCAAUGAAAUCCUGCAUCUCAAAUUAAACAUUUAAUCAAGAGUUUUUCUGCUUCUGAGCCAGAUGUCUCGUCACCUACCUGCCCCUUUGGCAUCACUCUCAAGCGUCAGAGUAACCGUGAUCAGGGAGGUGCUGAUCCUGCCCUCCUGCCGCUUGGCCUUUAUACAAAGCCCGUUUUCAUCACAGUCAGACAAGCUAAAUCUACUGCAGCCUGCUAGAGCUGCAGACUUCACAGCUUGCUUUCUCUACUCCACCUUCUCCUGCAAUGUAGCAGGAGGAGGCCUGGAUAAAUGGCAUGAAAGCACAGCUAUUGGAGCAGCAAUCGCCUCCUUCAGCAUUUGCUGUCACAGUUAAGAAAGAUCUGCGGUUUGGAGGGGCCUUUUAAAGCAGUCAAAUGUGUUCCAGCAUCAUUUUGUGAGAAUAAUGAUCCAACGCAGCUGAAAUAAAGGAGAAAAAAGGAGGUUGGAAGAAAACUCAUGUUAAGUGACGCUCAAAAGCAAAGCGCUCCGACACGCCUCAAAGCAUAAAUUAGAACUUUAUUUUAUUAUUACAAAAAGAGUAACACAACUCUCACUCUCUUGCCCCUCAUCUGUCGUACAGAAUGACACAAAAAGGCUUGUGAACUUUCUUCCAUUUUCACAGCAAAAGUACAAGAAAAAAAAAAUUAAAUACCAA